AUGAACAAGGGCGGGUUCCGUAUUGUAGUUACAAUGCAUCCUGAGUUGGCUGAACGCAUCCACCAAGUCCGAUACCUUGCCAUUGACUUCACCUUCUCACGGGUUCAGAGAUCGGAGAAUAUGGACGAAUGGGAAAUCGCUGGAUUUUUGGAUUCAAUUCAGAAACGAUUCACGUUUGGAAGCUUGUUCUGUGACACCAAGUCCACAGAGGCCUAUCUACAACUCUGGAUCGAGCUCUUUGACACCAUUAAACGCAUCACUGGCCGAGUAUUUAAGUUGGCGCCCUUCUAUCCAGACGCAAACUGUCGAGUGAUCUUACUCGACGGCGAGGUAGCUCAGGCACUUGGCCUGGGUGAAUUCUUGAAGUCGUACAACGACCCUGCCACCAGUGGCAUUCAUUCUCGAGAUGCCGUUGACCUGCUCUCGUACGUCCUUAAAACCUGUAGCGUUCAUUUCCACCGGCAUGUAAAAGAACUCGAGAAGUCCACCCCCUCCGACCUUGUUCAGCGUAUUCGAAGCUUUCCGGGACUCAAAACAGGGGAGGAGGUCGAACGCUGGUUGGCCGAGAUGCCCGAUGCUCUCCAACCCUUUUCCGACGCUCAUAAUUGGCUCAAGCACAAACUGAGUAACCCUUGGAUUCUUCCAUCGCUCAGUCCUGUGCUCUCCAAAAUCCCUUCCAGCGACUUCAAUACCACCCCAAGCCAUACAAAUAUUGUGGAGACUGCACAUGCUGCUCGAAAUGCGGAAACUCGGAAGCACGUUGGCCUGCUGGAUGCAAUUCUUGACGCUCAGCAGAGGGACAAUACCCACGUCGAAAAUCUGAUUUUAAUGGAACGCAGUGGCAUUCUAUACAAGCGCGGCAAUUCCAUCUACAACCGCGAGGUAAAUUCGGCGAACCGCGCUGUUUGGCAGCGAAAGCUUGCUGCCAAACGAGACGAUAACAUCCAGGAGUACCAGACACUCAAGGCUGACAUCGACGACGGUAAAAUUGAGUACGAUGCAUCACUUAAACGUUCGAAAGCUUUGGAGCAACAGAUCAAAGCUUGCCGGAAUGCCCUGCGAAUUAACCAUCGCGACGAGCAUAUUCGACUGGAGCUGAACCAGCGACUUGCAGAAGAGGAGGCGGAGAAGUCAGCGAGGCGGACAUGGCGAUCUGUUCAACGACCUGCACUGGAUGCGAGGUUGCUAGAGCUCCGAUCGGGACCACUCGCUCGCAAGCAGAUCCCCGCCAGUGUUGCGACUCAGGCGAUUGACAAUGGUGCUUCUUCAUCUCGUGCCGAUGCCGGGGAACCCGCUGAACUGCGCGCUGAACUGGCAACUCCGGAAUUGAACUUGAAGCCAUUGGAUCAAUUUUCAGAACCGCUUUCA